GCAGGAGAGUUUGCAUGGGAGCAACUGCAGGAAGCUGUGUUGGCUCACAACUCAUUGCACAGUUUAGACCACAGCCUUAGUCUCCUGCCAAACCUUAAGAUACUAGACUUAAGCCAUUGUGAACUGGAGGAUGCCUCAGCUCUGGAGUACCUCCCUACUGUGUCGUUAUUAGACCUGAGCCACAACCAACUACGGCUCCUUCCCCGUCUCUCUCCUACUGCUACCUACUCUCUUAUAGUUCUCAUAGCCAAUAACAAUCUUUUUUCUCACAUAAGUGGUUUACAUGAAAUGAAUAACAUUGAGGAGCUGGAUCUGAGGGACAAUGUAUUAAGUUUGAAGGAAGCGUUGUCACCCAUUGGUGCCUUACCUCAUAUUAGAGUGCUCAAGAUAAGUGGUAACCCUAUCACAUGGGACCUCAACUACAGAAGUCAAAUUAUCAGACAGCUAAAUCCUGCUACUGCCAAUCACAAGGUUGUGUUUGAUGAUGUGCCUCUAACAGGUCAAGAAUAUGAUGAGGUUGGGAUGCAUGCAGUGCCAGCAGGAUCCUCUUACUCCCCAGAACUUCUUUCAUCCCUCUCCUCCCUUUGUUCUCCAGUGAAUCCAAUAAGUCCAGCACAUGGACUAAUCUCACAGCCUCUGUAAUCACCUGAAGAGGCAGAUCUGAUUCAGCUAGAUCCAGUAGACUCCCAACCAGCAAGUUUAGUUAAUGAUUCAGCUCCUGUAUCACUCAAAAACUCAGGCAAUGGACAACCCCGCAGAAAAUCAAAGAAGAAACGCACUCGACAUAUAGCCAUCACAGAUCCUGAUAAUGAGGAUAUGGACAAUGACAGUAUACAUUUGGCAGACAGUGACAUGUUGGAAAGAAUGGGUGUACCCGACCCACCUCCACCUAGUUUGGCAGCUGGUCCAACCUUCACUCUUCCCACCUCAGAAAGUUUCACUCAGGCUCUCAAUGCCCACACCCUCAAGACUGACAGGAGGUAAGUUACUGCCAGGUAAUGAGUUAUUUUUUUGUGUUUUGUGUACAGUUCAUGGACUAUGAGGAAUAAAAUGAGAAAGCAAAUUUUUUCUGUGUGACAUGUCACUUAUGAAUGUAACUUAAAUAUGGAUUUUUUUAUUUGGAAUUUGUCACUGUAGCAGGAACAUUUUCCAUAGCAAUAGUUUGUUCUUCAAUAUUUGUUAAAGAUGUUAAAAAUUAAAAAUGCAAAAACAUUUUUUAUUCAGAAAUCCUGCUCCUGAGCAAAGUAACAGAUUACUUGAGGAAAUUCUUCAGUCCAAACCCCACUCUGGGACCCCAGGUGCUCAAUGUGAUAUGACCAAUCUAGUCAACAUGGCCACAAAUGAAAUCAGCAACCAGGAUGAAAGAGUAAACACAAAUA